AGUUAUCAUGGCCCACAGAGAAUCGCCUUGAACGAACGCAGUAAAGAUGAAGGGAAAAUCUCAGCAUGCCAUUGUUUUCGGAGCGUCCAGUCUGAUUGGCUGGGCCGUCAUAGACCAGCUGCUGCGCUGUUACCCACAGGUAGGCGCUUUCUCUAAGAUCACCGCUGUCACGAACCGUCCGAUCAAACUUUCCGAAUGUUAUUGGCCUGAGCCAGGCAUGAACCGUCCAAUACUUCAGCUCGUCUCGGGCGUUGACCUCCGUGAUGGAGAUGGUGUUACGCUAUCCCGUACUCUAAAACAAGUAGUCAAAGAUAUCGACACCGUUACUCAUUUGUUCUAUCAAGUAUUUGCUUCGGUCCCCGAGGAUAUCGAGGAGGUUGCAGUGAAUGGACAUAUGUUCCAAGCAGUUAUAACUGCCCAUAAUUUGCUUUGCCCAAAUCUUCAAUUUGUGAUUUUCCCAGGAGGAACACGUGGUUAUGGGAUUUACACAGCGGGAGGCAUUUUCACUCCUCCCUUGACUGAAACCAUGGUGAACAACCUUCCAUGUGACUACGCGAAGACGCUUGUAUAUCUCGCGUAUCGUGAGAUGCUUACUGCGGCAAGUGAACAAAAGAAUUGGACAUGGUGUGAGGUCUGUCCAGAUGCAAUAAUUGGCUUCACUCCAAAUGGCUCACAGUUCAGCUUGGCACUUCAUUGGGCCCAAUAUCUAUCUCUGUAUGCCCACAACCAUGGCGUUGAACUAACGUCCAAAAAAGCCGGAACAUCUGCAGUCAAAGUAGCUUUCCCCGGAAGCACAGCUGGCGCCAAUUCCCUCUUUUCUCCAGUUUCCGCCACAACACUUGCACGCUUCAUGAUAUACGCCUCUCUCCACCCAGAUAUAUGUGGUGGCGGACAAUUAUUCAACAUCGCCGAUAGCGAGGUACCAUGCACUUACGGCGAGCUUUGGCCGCGGCUCACGAAUUGGUUCGGCUUGGUUGGGACCGGGCCCGUUGAGGACUCAACAAUAGACCAAAGCUCCUUGGCGGUUGGUGAGCUGCCUGAAGCAGCUCGUGCUCCAAAACCAGGAGAGUACAUAGCACGACACAAAACCGUUUUUUCUCAGUGCGGAAACGAGAAGGCCAUUGACAGAGGCGUUAGUGCUGGGUGUCGACAACUAGAUAGCGUGGGUUAUUGGCUUACCUUCGAUAGGCACCUAAGUCUUAAAAAGUUGAGGGAAACAGGCUUUAAAGCAGACAGGGACCCCAUUGAGGGCUGGAUAGAGAGCUUCGAGAUGUUUAGAAAGGCCGAAUUAAUAUUGUAAUGCGACAAUAAGAUUGACAUAGGUAGAAAGCUACAAUACUUGGCUUUAGGUGGAAUCCUGACUGCUGUUCGUCCACAGAAUAUAAGCAUAUGUCCAAUACACCAGACUAGCGGCCACGAUAAUAUAUGCUUUGUUU